GUUAAACGCUACUGUUCGUCUAAGUAACGGUACUGAAGAAGUCGUAAUUAAAUUAUCUGGGUUGCAUUGCAGGAGUGGAAGAUGUAGGCUACGAAAUGAAUGUCCGUUGCCUCCUCCCCCUGUUGAGAAACUGUUCGUUGUUCUCUUCGCCGACAAGGAAACAAGAAAACACUGCUGAACUUGGAGGAAAUUUAAUGAUGCAAAAUGUAUUUGCCCUGGCAAAUAUAACGUUAACCUAAACCUCCUCCCCCUACAAUACAGACUUCCUGGACACACAAAACUUGUAGACUGUGCAGAGGACGACGGUGUGGAAUUGCACUCAUCAUUUAAUUCACAGCAUGUUGGAAGAUUUAAUUUGCUUCUCUGCCAUGGCGACUGCGAUGAGGGGAGUUAAGAAUGAAAGCAAAAGUGGAUUAGCUCGCGAAGUUACAGUAUAAACUAGAAGAGAAGUCGCUGUGAUUUUUUUUUCGUUCACUGCUAAUCUAGCUAGCCAGCUAGCUAAUUUAAUCGGGUAAAUCCUCUUUGCCUCUCACCACACCGAUUUCGUGAUACCUUAGAGUUUCGCGGUAGCCUAAUCCUGUGUCGACGUGCGGAUAUUUAAAUUGACCAGGAACAAGGAAAAACUGUCGCCCACUGUCUGCUGACACGAUAGGCUAGUUAAGUUUUUCCUGGAGCUACACAGUGUCUUUAAUUUGCACCAGUGAAGUAGCCCAUAGUUUUCAACUGCUCCGUUUUAGUCAAUCACGCUACCAAUUUGGAAAUGAACACGCUUGUGUUCAUUCACACUGUUGCUGUAAUUUCUAUGGAAGUGGAAUAUUGUAUAACUUCGGAGCUGGUCUUCAAGCCAAACGCAUGAAGUGAAUAACGAAGAAGUGGAACACUAUGGCAAUAUUUGGGCGACGAAACCGGUCGAAGUUGAUACUUUGUAUUCUCGCAGCUUUUCUUGUCUGCUACUUCAUCUUUCACAGAAACAAUCCAAAAGAAGUCGGAGUGGCGAGUAGACGAAGAGUACAAACUGCUGGAUUUUCGAAAGACAAUGAACAGUUAAAAAAACCGGUUUGUGAAAAACCACCUUCGGACAUGAAUGCUCUUGGUGAGAUGGGGAGAGCUGUAAAACUUAAUUUGGACGGAGACGAGAAAAGAAAAGAAGAGGAAAGCAUAGCGAAGCAUCAAAUUAAUAUCUAUGUGAGCGAUAAGAUAUCCCUUCACCGCAGGUUACCUGAGAGAUGGAAUCCUCUCUGCCGAGAUCUGGAAUACAAUUACAGGAGCCUCCCUUCUACGUCGGUGGUGAUCGCCUUCUACAACGAGGCGUGGUCCACACUGCUGCGGACCAUUCACAGCGUCCUGGAGACCUCCCCCAACAUCCUGCUGCGGGAGAUCAUCCUCGUCGACGACUACAGCGAAAGAGACCACCUGAAGCAGCCGCUGGAGGACUACAUCGCGGGCGUGCCGAAGGUGCGUCUCAUCCGCGCGCGCAAACGGGAGGGCCUGGUGCGGGCGCGGCUUCUCGGGGCGUCCAUCGCCACCGGCGACGUGCUGACCUUCCUGGACUGCCACUGCGAAUGCCACGAGGGCUGGCUGGAGCCCCUUCUCCACAGAAUUAAGGAAGAGGAGUCGGCGGUGGUCUGUCCCGUCAUCGACGUCAUCGACUGGAACACCUUCCAGUACCUGGGUAACCCAGGGGAGCCUCAGAUCGGCGGGUUCGACUGGAGGCUGGUCUUCACCUGGCACUCCAUCCCAGACUACGAGCAGAAGAAGAGGAGGUCGUCCACCGAUGUCAUCAGGUCUCCUACUAUGGCUGGGGGGCUGUUCGCUAUCAGUAAGAACUACUUCCAGUACCUGGGCACCUAUGACACGGGAAUGGAGGUAUGGGGUGGAGAGAACCUGGAGUUUUCUUUCAGGAUCUGGCAGUGCGGUGGGAGCCUGGAGAUCCACCCCUGCUCUCACGUGGGGCACGUCUUCCCCAAAAAGGCCCCGUACUCCCGCAGCAAAGCCCUGGCCAACAGCGUGCGUGCCGCCGAGGUCUGGAUGGACGAUUACAAGGAGCUGUACUACCACCGCAACCCUCACGCUCGCCUGGAAGCCUACGGAGACGUGAAGGAACGGCGCAGACUCAGAGAGCAGUUGGGCUGCAAGGACUUCAAGUGGUUCCUGGAGAACGUCUAUCCCGACAUUAACGUUCCUCAGGACAGGCCCGGGAUGUUUGGGAUGCUAAAGAACAGAGGGAUGGCCAACUACUGCUUUGAUUAUAACCCGCCAGAGGAACACAACAUAGUGGGCCACCGGAUCAUUUUGUACCCGUGCCAUGGGAUGGGGCAGAACCAGUUCUUUGAGUACGCCGCGAGCAACGAGAUCCGCUACAACACGCGACAGCCUGAGGGCUGUGCAGCGGCCGAGUCCGGGUCAGAGUACCUCACCAUCCACCUGUGCAGCAAGCCCCAACAGCCGGUACCGGAGGACCAGCAGUUCAUCAUGAAGGAGGACGGGGCCCUCUUCCACCUGCAGACGAACAAGUGCGUGCAGGCGGUCGAGAAGUCCGACAACGGCGGCCCCGCCCCUGCACUCCGCCCCUGCUCCGGCUCCGCCCAACAAAAGUGGUUCUUCGUGGAGCGGUCGUAACCCCCAUCCCAGGCCCAGUGAGAGAGCGCAGCUGGCUUAAACCACGGAGUCUGUCCCACUUCAAAGUCCUUUUUCCUUUUGAGACUACUGUUAACAUGGCAGCUCCUAGACCAACGCACAUGACUGUGCAUUAUUGUCUCUACCACUAUAUUCUGUUCACCUAAUGGCUUCAGCUCACCAGCAGUUUACACAAGGUAUCUCUUGAGGGUAGGCCUCAGGUCUUUAUGGAUUCAAGCUGGUGAGAUUCAACGCCCACCCCCCACUUGGACAGAGGCUGUUUCUACUUUAGGGAUUCAUUAUCAGGGUUUUCGUCGAGGGACAGAAUCGCCUCCACAGCCUGUCGGGACACGGUUUUUGCCGGAACAUUUCCGUAGGUUAUCCCGUCGCUGUCCUUCGUCACUCGGAUAGCAUGCGGACAUGUUUUCAGCCGCCCCACGCUUCUAUUUGAAACCGUUUAGGUCUUUCGUUAUUUUUAUGAAGGUCGGUUUUCUCUCCAAACCGAAAAGUGUUCCAGCCGAUAGAUAUUUCUGGCUUCAAGUGGUUGGAGGACUGCCUAAAGCAGAGAUACUCAAGAGCCCUCAAGGUCAGCAUUACUUCUGGUUUCCUCUUUUGACUGGUAGUCCACAGUCCUGUAUUGUCACCGAUUGGCCAGAAAUUGCAUUCUCAUGGCACGUCAGGUUUAAAUCGGCCCCUGAUUGGUGGGGAGGAAUAGAAACCAGCAGUACUAGUGACCUCGAAGACCACAUUUGAGUACCCCUGACCUACAGUGCGGAGUUAGUCACUGUAGUGGCAUCUCAUCACAGGGUGCAUUUCCUGUGCAUUCCUCUAGGUGGAGCCAAUGUGUCUGGCUUUGUCUGUGCCCUCCAUGUUAAUUUGCUGGAUAUAUAUCGCAGCUGUUGUUAGCGUUUACGCUCCAGGUCUUCAUGAGAUGACGUGACCUCACGUCCUCCUGACGUCUCUCAAAUGACCCAGUUUAUUUUUCUUCUCUUUUCACCUUUACAGAAGUGCUAACUACUAAGUAGACCUGCUUAAUAGUGUACUACUGAACUCUGUCUCAUAAACUGAGAAUGCACUUUUCCUCAAAGGUUGGAAGUACACACGUACAUCCCAGACCUCUGUAGUCUUAAUUAAGUCUUAAUUCUUGUUCUCGAUGUAUUCUGUUAUGAUGCAUGUCAAGAUUUACGUGCAGGUUAUAAAAAUGGUUUUGAUACUGGGGAAGGUACUUUGCAAUGUGUACAAUGAAGUUUAAUAUUGCUAAAUAUUAAAAUAAGAGAAUUUAGACGGAAAAUGCACAACUUUAAUCAAGGCUAUGUUUCACUGGAGAAUUUAGAUUUUGUUAGUACUUAAUUAUUGAAUCUUUGCAAUUUAUCUUGCGAGGCUUCAGCGCAAACUGACAUACUUCUUGAUCAACCGCUAGUCAUAAUUAAUAGAUCAGUAAUUUAGAUAACAAUAAGUUACUGUCUGUCAUUUAGAUUUUUGACCAUCGUUUCCAUGCCAAUCCCGUUUUUGCUGUUGUUUUGUACUGCAGUCACACUGAAAAUAAUCUUUUGGGAUGUCGAUACACACUCCUUAUGUUUAAUCGCCCGCAUAUAUAGCAUAAGAAGUUCAUCAUUUUGUAUUUCACAAUACAAUAAAAAAAGAACCAUUGCAUUUGCAGGUGCAAAAUAGUAUUUACUGAAGGAAUUGCAUAGCUGACAAAUGAUAUGUCCACUUAAAUAUAUGACCUUGCUCUACAUUUGGUAGGAUUAUGAGCGCCAGAUUUGACUUGGACAUAUUUGCGCACUUUUUAAUGUCAGCCGUAAAAUGCUAUGCCUGUCAUACGUAAUGCAUCUAGUGUUGUACAUGGGAUUUCCUGUUGUUUCGACAACCAUAUACAGUGGCUUCAGAAAGUAUUCAGACCCCAUCACUUUUUGCGAGAUUUCAGAUGCUUCUAAAAGCAAAGUUUCACUUUAUCGUUAUGGCUCAUUGGGUGUCGAUUGAUGGGCAAUUUUAUCAAUUUAAAAUUAAAUCUACAACACAAUAAAGUGUGCAAAAAAGUGAAGGGGUUUGAAUACCUCGCGAAUGAACCUUCGCGUGGUUAUUGCUGAAAGCAGUUCUCUAACCUGGGUACCCCACCCCCUCUCCAUUUCUCUCUCUCUUCUCUUUCUCUCACCUCUCUCUCUCCUCUCUUCUCCCUUCCCACAGUCCUCUGCUUCACGCUGGCACGUGAUUGGGUACUAUGUGCGCUCCCCGUCUCUCUGGCCUUCAUUGUGCAGUGCCAUUCAGACCCAGUGAGCCACAACGUCCCACACAGCAGUAUGAAGAGAAUUAUCAUGUAAACCUGCACUUUGUGUACAACCCCAUUAUCUACUGGGAUCCUGGAUCAAUCGAGCUGUAAUGCGCUUUCCUCUGGAAGCGAGAGGAAUGUAAGCAAGUUUGACCUUUAUCUAUGCAAUGCAAUGUUUUUUUAAUAAAGCCGCAGACUUCACUGUUCAUCGGUUGUUUAUUUUUAUAGUCGUGCAGGCAGAGCUACGCCCAUACAAAAGUAAUGAAUGAUAAAACGUGUAUGCUGGAAUCCAACCCAAUGUUGAUUUUUGUAUUCACUUUUAUUUAUAAUUGUUAUCCAAGUUGCCUUAACUGACAUCAAGAAAAUGAAGGAUUGGGUUGUUUUUUUUUUUCUCCAAAUGAAGAGGUUUUCAAAUGUAGGUAAUUUUUUCCAUUUUAUGCACCAUAAUGUUUACCAUUUUGUCAUUUUUAACUCUUGGUCAUGGAAAGAGUCUCUUUUCUAAUGUUCUUUGUUUUGAUAAUUUGAAUUUAACAUGAAUAAAAUUCAAAUCUCAAAAUA